AUGUCAAACCCUUCAAAGGACUUUGGCAGCAAAGCACAAGAAGAAGAUAUCUCACAUGGCGCAAAUAGGGGAACUAAGAGGAAGAACAGCGACGCCAAUGAAGACCCGCCCCAGCUUAGUGUUAAACUACCCCGCAUGAGUGAUAUCAAGUUACAAACAAAGCCUGGGAAUCAUGCACGCCUUCCUGUCGACAUUUUGUUACUGACUGUAAAGGACUGUGAGUUCUCAGCUUGCUAUAUGCACCUGAAUAAUCCAUUUACAUGUUGGUUCAAUGGUGUCGGUUAUGUCUACUUCGAGGAUGAGAAUGAAAGCCAAAAUGAGAGAGUAAAAGUCGCUUUAUUGCGAUGUCAUGAAGGUUCUGGUGGUCCGGGAGGUUCCAUAGUGACUACAAAAAAUGCUGUCUCAAUGCUUAUGCCCAAAGCAGUGAUUUUAGUUGGAACCUGCAGUAGCCUCUGUCCUGAGGAAACCAAAUUGGGUGAUGUUGUAAUACCUGCAAAGUUGACAACAUAUGGAUUGAAAAAAGUGACGAACGAAAGAGAGCUGCACAAUAAUAUAAGAACGCCUGUUAGUAGACGAUUUCUUGACCUCAUUAAGGAUGCAGCACGUGGAUGGGAGGCUCCUUUGAAGAACUCAGAAGAUCGAGAAGUCAAAAUUCACAGCAGCGGUGAGCUGUUGAGCGUUCCAGAAGUAAUCAAUGCAGAAUGGCGGCGUAAACAGCUGGCUGAAACCUUUCCUCAAGCAGUGGCCAUUGACUCUGAAGCCGAAGGUAAUGAAAUCCCAGGGGAAAUAGCCUGGGUCAGGCUCCGUAAUGGGGGGAAAAAAGCAAAAAACGAGGUGAAAGAGCUAAAACAAUCGGCAAGAGAAGCGAGCCUAUCAGAGGACUGGAGAAGGGGGCGGCACCACCUUACACCGCCAUUUUGUUUUCUUUCCAGACUCCCGUUCGAAUCGCUUUGAUGGUCUUUGAUCCCUGACUGUUUUUUUCCCUUACACCCCUCCCCACCCCCACACUGUGGAACCUGGUCUCAGGCUACGGGGCUUCGCGGGGAAUAUCGUCAGAAAAUAGAACUAAACCUCUCGGGGAGACCAAUCUGGGUAUGGUUCAGUUUUUAGUUGACCUCUAAAAGAGACAAUACUAAAACUGGCGACCAAUUCCAGCAACAGCUACAGUGACUGAACGUUUCAAUGUCCAUAUCCCUUCAGCCGUUACCCUAAGCGAUUGGCGAUACCUGUAUGGGUAAAAAUACUCGUCUCUUCCAUAUCGGUUUUCUAACUGCUCGGGAAUAAAACACAAAUGAGCGGAGUUUCCUCCAUUAAAAAGUAGUCGGAUCACUGCGUCGACACUCGUCAUAUGUAUAGUCUAAAGUGACCCUUGUAGCCUUUCACCGAGUGCUUUAGAGAAGUACAGGUUAGAUAAACAUUGCGUUUUUGAAAUAACUUUUCCAAGGUAGUUAGGUUUUUAGGCUUUAUAAAUGAGGCUUUAUUAGCGUUCAAUUUGUAAUAUUCAAAUAAGUAUAGAUAAUCAAAAUAUUGUUAAAGUAAAGGAGACAAAUUUUCUAGGCGUAAUUUUGGAUGAAAACCUAAAUUGGAAGUCGGAAAUAUCUCACGUUGCAAGUAAAGUUGCGAAGUCAAUCGGUAUAAUAUCUAGAUGCAGCUUCUUCCUUCCUAAAUCGUCUUUACGUAUGCUCUACUAUUCCUUAAUUUAUCCUUAUUUUUACUACUGCAAUAUCGUUUGGGCUUCGACCUAUAAAACUAAUCUCCGCCGCCUUGUUAUCCUGCAAAAGCGCAUUAUUAGAAUUAUUAAUAAAUCACAUUUUAAUGCUCAUACUGACCCCAUCUUUAAGGACCUCGGUAUACUAAAAUUUAAUGAUAUCCAUUUGCUUCAACUGGGCCAAUUUAUGUAUUCUUGCAAAAAUUCAUUCUUACCUCCAAAGUUUAAUAACAAUUUUUCUCAAAGCAAUCAAUUCCACUCUUACAAUACAAGAAAUUCCCAGGCCUACCGUCUACCGUAUUGUCGUACAAACACGAAGAAGUUCUCGCCCUUUUUUCAAGGGCCUAAGUUUUUUAAUUCACUUGACAACAAGAUCAUCAACUCUCAAUCCCUCUCCUCUUUUAAGAAAAAACUGAAGAUUAAAUUAUUGAGUAAGUAUGAAAACAGUUUAUAAAUCUUUCCAUCUUCGACUUUUCGCCUUCUUCUCUUCAAUUGAUGUGAAACAGCUCUAGCUCAUAGUUCGAGGAGGCCUAACCUCUCAUAAGCUCCUAUAGUUUCUGUUAGGUCUCCUCGCCACUUCUUUUUCUUUUUUUUCUUCUUCUUUUCCUAUAUUUUUUGUAAUUAGUGUGGCAAAUAAAAUAAAAUAAAUAAAAAUAAAAUUAUAAAUGAUUUUCCCCACUUUUUAAUUAUUUUAAAUUAAAAUUAUUCAUUGAAGAUUAAGAGAAUUUCAUUAUGAAUAAAAAACCUUUGGACAAUCUGAUUUCGAAGACGAUAAUUACAAAAAAGAACAUUAUUAUUGUCAUUUUGAUAAUUUUUCGUCAGUAACUUUUUUGUUCAUAAAACCAAAAUAUCGAUCGCAGAUUCAUAUCUGUUUGUAAAAUUUUGACCAUGAGAACAGUCACGCGCCCAAAUUAUAUUUGAAGCGGGUCGAUCUGUGAGCCUGGUUCCAGCGUCAGAAUGAUGUGUUUCUUCCAGGACAACUAUUCUUUAGCAUACCUUGCAUCCCUUUGUCUCCAUCACAGUAGCCUUCGGUCUUCGGUAUAUUGCGAUUUUGAUUUAGCCUUGAAGAGUAGCAAGCCAUACUGUUAAGACUGACAAACUGAAUUUACAGGUUGUGAUAACGCACCUUUUUAUUUGAUAUCCCGCCCUACAAGUUUAUUUCUCAUCUAUAGAUGGCCCUAUUUAUGAGCGGUGUGUUUCUGUUGUAGGACUUUACACAGCUGCAUUUGACCUGGAAGUUGAAUGGCUUGUUGUAAAAGGAAUUGCUAAUUAUGCAGAUGGAAGCGUAAAAACAAAUGAAAAUUGGAGCGAUUUUGCAAGUGCUAAUGCUGCUUCUUUAGUUGCCAAAAUUUUGAAUGAUGCUGUUGUCUUCCAAAGAUGGCCUCACUAUCAAGGAAAUGAUGCCCAUGUUAACAAAGGUAGGUUCGUUUCACUAGUUAACAUAGAAUGUACUAUUGUAUUGUUUUACUAGUUGUGUUAGUAUAGCUUACGAAAGAAAAUGUAAAAGGGUAUAAAUGAAAGGAUGCUCUGACAUUGUUCUUGACAUACCCUGAACUUUAAUGCCUACUUAUAUAUGUUCAUACACUCUUACAGGGUGUUUCAAAAGUUCGUUCCGAUUGUAAAUCGUAUUUUGCGCAAAGCAUUUAAAUCUUCUUUAGGAAAAUGUAAUCUGAUUCAGGUACGAAAUUUAUCUAAAUGACCGUUCAAAGUAAUUUCCAACUAAAAUUUGAAGAAAAUGUAAUAUUUUUUUUAUUUUUGCUGCAAAUGUGCUCGUACUCGAGUUUUUCCCGCCAUAUUUUUCCUGCCCACUUUGUAGGUUUUCUAUUUUCGUAUUUUUGCCGUUUUCUUUUAUUUUUUCUGCUCUUUCACGAAAAUGAAGGCCUAAACUGUUUGUGCUAGAGCUCAGACAUGCUAUUUUUUACGGUAUUCUGGCCAUUCAGUCAAAGAAAUUGGAAAAUUGUUGGAGAAGUCUGAACAAUGAGUGAACAAGUGAUCAAAAGUAAAGACCUUAGAAGACAAUCCAAGAAGUAGAUCAGGUAGAUGGCCGUUUGUUUUUUAUAGUCUGCGUGAGAAAUGUUAUCAAAAAAGCUGUAAGCUAGUAUAUACGUAAUAAUUCAACAAGGCAGAGAGACUUCAACCUCACAAUAUUAAAGUUUCGAGUACAACGGUGUGAAGAUAUGUGACCAAAAAAGGUUGGAAAGCCUUGAAGAGAAAAAAGGCGGUGCACACUUCAUGUAAGCAUGGUAUCAAUUAAUUUGCAAACUUUGUACUAAAGGAAGACCGGCCGGCAAACUCACCCGAUGUGAACACUCUAGAGACCUUCUGGAUUAUUGUUGAUGAGACUGACAACAUACAAAGAUCUAGCCCCCAAAACACUGGACGAGCUGAGACAGCGACUACGCUUCGCCUAAAAAAAUGUGAAUUUACACACGCUUUGGGAGCUCGUACAUUCCAUACCUAACCGCUUAAAAAAUGUUAGAAAACAUAAAGGAGGACAUUCUGUUUACUAAUAUUUUAGUUAGUCAAUGUUAAAUGAAUAAUGAAUAACACUGCUUAGUUUUACAAAAGGUAUUUUUAAUAAUCAGUGAAAUUUAAGCGAAACAAAAAUCGGAACGAACUUUUGAAACACCCUGUAUAUUAUCUGUUUUCGAUGUUAUUUACUAACUGAGCACCUCGGGCGGGAGGGGUACUCCGAAAUACAUCAACGGUGUUUGCCGCCCAGGGUCUUAUAAUAAUAAUAUUUCUUUACUUAUAUGGCACUAUAUCCAAACGGAUGCCCUAUAGUGCUUCACACAGAUAGACUAAAACCUGCCUUGCAAUAUAAAAUGGCUUACACAUACUCUAACUAACCAUUAAAAAGGCUAGAAAAACAAACUUUACAACCAGUAUUAUUAAAAACUAAGACUUAAACCUAGAGCUAGAAAAGGCUAUAGAAAAACAAAAAGAUUACAACUGUUUUAAAAUAUUUUAUUAAACCCUGACCCUAUUUAAGGGUGAGAAAAUCGAAAACUGAUACCCUAAUUAACGGGCCAAACCUGAAAAAUGACACCCAGUUCAAGGAGAAAACAAAACUUUAUGAAUUUAACGGAAACACACAAAUCUUCCUGACAUCGCUUCCCUAAUACUCUAAGGUAAGUUUUAGCAGAUGGUUUCUUUCUCAUCAAGCUGGGCAUAUACUCACUUGAAUGUUCGCUGAUAUAAUAACGCUACCCUAUCUAAGGAUCCAAACUUGACGAAAUUACCAUAUUAAAUUUGUAACUCGAAAAAAGAAUCCGGCCGCUUGAUUGAUACCCAGGAAUAUGGAUAAAUAAAGAAAGAUGUAGCCUCUACUAGUUCAUGCAGAAGUUUAUGAAACCAACAACUUGCAAAGUUUUUAUUUCACGCAGUAGGCAUAAACAAAACUAUGUGGGUAGCGGUAGAAAAAAAAAUGAAGAUUGCCAAAUUUGUUCGCUGAUAUUUUACUUCAGCUUCUUAAAAAUACAAAACCAUAUAUUAUUGCUGUUACAGGUGUGAGAACAUCACUAUCCAUACCUUCCCUUCCUGCAAAGGUUCCUAAUUUUACUGGACGUCAAAGCGAGUGUGAGGAGAUUAUAGGUCACGUGACUUCUGAAUCUACCCGGCUCGUGUCGAUCUGGGGUUCACCUGGAUUCGGAAAAACAUCGGUUGCGAUUGCGGUGGGACACGAUCUUCAGUCUAAAGGAAUGCCGGUCUUUUGGCUUUCAUUACGUGAACUGAAAACAAAAACAGAUCUGACUUCAAAGCUUCUAAGCUUUGUUAAGCCAUCUGUCAGAGAUGAUCAUCCAUCCUUUUCUCAUCCAUCCCUUGAUGAUCAGCUUUGCCUACUUUUAAGCGAAAUUUCCGAUCGAUCUAUUUUUAUUCUCGAUAAUGCUGAUAAUUUAUUAGAAGAUGGUAAGCCAGGCGUGAAGAAAGAGGUCACAGGACUUUUGAAAGAAAUUCUCAGGCGAAGUAAGGCGACCAUAUUUGCUUUAACAACGAGAGAGUUCCUAGGUUUUCUGAAUCUGGAUUUGGACGGUCACGAGAGUGUAAGGAUUAGACCACUGGAUGAAGAAUCUGCAAUGACCUUAGUAAAAGCCCUUCUUCCAACAGCAAGUUCUUCAGACUGUACACGGAUCCUGCAAAUCUGUGGAUUUGUACCCUUCGCAAUAAAGUUAUUGUGUUCCUCAAUUUCUGAUGUUGGGGCUGAACCAAGCCAAUAUCUCGAUGAAUUCAUGCAGUCAGUCGCCUCCACAGCGAGUAUUGCCGAGGCGUUAGACAGGCCAGAUUAUCCAGACGAGUACAGAUUACAGUCUCUUUUUGAGUUAUCGUUCAAGAGGCUAACUGUACAGGAAAAAAAAGCACUAGUGUCAUUGAGUAUUCUUCCAGAGAAUUUUGGUACGGAGGUCGCUGCUGCUGUUUUAGACGAAGAAAGUCUUCAGGCCAAGAAGAUAUUGCUCAGCCUUCGGAGAAAGUCCCUUAUUGAUUCAGGUGUGAAACAGGAGUUAUUUACGAUGCACAAGCUGCUACAAUCAUUUGCAAGAGAAAAAGGAGAAAAUGAGAUGAAAGACACGGUCCUUAAAUCAAAGGACCGAUUGAACGCCUUUUACGCGUUUUACGUGUCCCUUUUUCAGAAGCUAAAUGAGCAGUUUCUGACUGGCAAUUCAAUGGCGGCGUUUCUCAAAUUCUAUGAAGAUGAGCAAAGUAUUAUUCAAAGCCUAUUAAAUACGCUUGCGGAUGCGAAGACAGCUGGCACUGUUUUCGAUGUGUUAGCUAAGGGAGAGUUGUUUCUUGAUACCCUUUUUUUUAACGAAGGAUUAACCUUUUAUCUUAUAUACGAUUCGGCUAUAGAGGCUGCGAAGAAGUUUGAGAGAACCGAAUCUUACAGUCGACUUCUUGUUUCAAAGGCGUUUGGAGAAGCAUAUUGGGGUGCAAAGGGAAGUACGUUGCAGUUGCUUUCUAGAGCAAAGAAAGCUGCAGCUUCACUGCCUUCUAUUUCCAUGUUUGAACUACAAGGAAAAUGUCUGUGUUACUUAGGUAUCAACCACCUUGUUAACGGCAAUACGGAAGAUGGAAUUCGGAAUUUGCAAGACGCUCUCCGGAAGUUGAGUGGAAGUGCAGAUCAGAAAAAUCUUACCCUUAUUACUCUUCAAAUUCUUGAGAUGUUUUGCCGAUUUCAAAACACUUCGACGGAAUUAAAUGAAUUACUUUGCAAUGCAGCGGGAGAUACAGGCCAACUGCCGGUGUUAUCUUUAAAAAAGGGGGAAGGAGGGAAACGAAGCAAUGAGUCAGAAAAUCAAAGAGCUGUGAUCGACGUUUCUGACCACCCCUUAAAACUGGCAAUGAUACAUAUUGUAAGCCGGACAACGCAAAAUUUCAUUGAUGGUGACACGAAACAAUAUUUUAUAAAUAUUUUACAUGAGAUGCUGAACGAGAUCGAAAGAGAGGAGCGUAUCUCCACAGGUGCCUGUAAACUUCAUAGGCUUCUUCUGUCUGUUUUAGCCCAAAAGGAAGACACCACAUUACAGUGUCAAAGGAGUAUUAGUUUCCAUCAAAAAGCUCUAGAUCGGCGUAGUGAAAAAACCUCCUUCUCCCGGGUACACAAGGAAGCACUUGCAGCGUGCUACGAAGUCCUUGGAAACACUCAGCAUUCAUCUGGAGACUUCAACGCAGCACUAGAUUCUAAACAGCAUGCACUUGACAUCCGCCUUAAACUGUUUGGAGAAGAAGACGCAACCACUGCCAAUAGUUAUUCUAGCCUUGGCAUCACUCAACAUUCACUUGGAAACUUCAACGCAGCACUCGGUUCUAAACAGCAUGCACUUGACAUCCACCUUAAACUGUUUGGAGAAGAACACGCAGACACUGCCAAUAGUUAUCAUAACCUUGGCAUCACUCAACAUUCACUUGGAAACUUCAACGCAGCACUCGGUUCUAAACAGCAUGCACUUGACAUCCACCUUAAACUGUUUGGAGAAGAACACGCAGACACUGCUAAUAGUUAUCAUGGUCUUGGUUUCAUUCAACAUUCACUUGGAAACUUCCACGCAGCACUAGAUUCCGAACAGCAUGCACUUGACAUCCGCCUUAAACUGUUUGGAGAAGAACACGCAGACACUGCUAAUAGUUAUCAUAACCUUGGAGCCACUCAACAUUCACUUGGAAACUUCGACGCAGCACUACAUUCUAAACAGCAUGCACUAGACAUCCACCUUAAACGUUUUGGGGAAGAACACGCAAGCACUGCUAAUAGUUAUAAUGGUCUUGGUGUCAUUCAACAUUCACUUGGAGACUUCAACACAGCAUUAGAUUCUCAUCAGCAUGCAUUUGACAUCCGCCUUAAACUGUUUGGAGAAGAACACGCAAGCACUGCUAAUAGUUAUCAUAACCUUGGAGCGACUCAACAUUCACUUGGAAACUUCAACGCAGCACUAGAUUCUAAACAGCAUGCACUAGACAUCUACCUUAAACUUUUUGGGGAAGAACACGCAAGCACUGCUAAUAGUUAUAAUGGUCUUGGUGUCAUUCAACAUUCACUUGGAAACUUCCACGCAGCACUAGAUUCCGAACAGCAUGCACUUGACAUCCGCCUUAAACUGUUUGGAGAAGAACACGCAGACACUGCUAAUAGUUAUCAUAACCUUGGAGCCACUCAACAUUCACUUGGAAACUUCAACGCAGCACUAGAUUCUGAACAGCAUGCACUUGACAUCCGCCUUAAACUGUUUGGAGAAGAACACGCAAGCACUGCUAAUAGUUAUCAUGGUCUUGGUGUCAUUCAACAUUCACUUGGAGACUUCAACACAGCAUUAGAUUCUCAUCAGCAUGCAUUUGACAUCCGCCUUAAACUGUUUGGAGAAGAACACGCAAGCACUGCUAAUAGUUAUCAUAACCUUGGAGCCACUCAACAUUCACUUGGAAACUUCAACACAGCACUAGAUUCUAAACAGCAUGCACUAGACAUCUACCUAAAACUGUUUGGAGAAGAACACGCAGACACUGCUAAUAGUUAUCAUAACCUUGGAGCCACUCAACAUUCACUUGGAAACUUCAACGCAGCACUAGAUUCUGAACAGCAUGCAUUUGACAUCCGCCUUAAACUGCUUGGAGAAGAACACGCAAGCACUGCUAAUAGUUAUCAGAGUCUUGGUGUCAUUCAACAUUCACUUGGAAACUUCAACGCAGCACUAGAUUCUAAACAGCAUGAACUUGAUAUCUUCCUUAAAGUGUUUGGAGAAGAACACACAAGCACUGCUAAUAGUUAUCAGAGUCUUGGUUUCAUUCAACAUUCACUUGGAAACUUCCACGCAGCACUAGAUUCCGAACAGCAUGCACUUGACAUCCGCCUUAAACUGUUUGGAGAAGAACACGCAAGCACUGCUAAUAGUUAUCAUAACCUUGGAGCCACUCAACAUUCACUUGGAAACUUCAACGCAGCACUAGAUUCCGAACAGCAUGCACUUGACAUCCGCCUUAAACUGUUUGGAGAAGAACACGCAAGCACUGCUAAUAGUUAUCAGAGUCUU